UCACCGAUGGCAUUUUAGCUAGCGGCAACGACGGGAGUGGCAAAAUCCCAAAUUUCCCCAAAUCAACGCAGGUUGCAGGUCUUCGACUCACUCCGACAAUGCCUAGGGGCUAGUGGUGCUCGCCGGCGAGGGGGAGGGGGUCUCGCCGCCGGCACUAGGUAGGGCGGCCGCCCAACCUCGCCCUAUUUCUAUGGGAUGGCAUCGGGUGGGGAUCCACCCGUACUAGCUGGUGCCCAAAAUGCAUGGGACAUGCUAUCUGAGGAACAGUCACAAAAACACAUCGCUACUGGUUCUGGUGACAUCAACAACAUACUUGGUGGCGGCAUUCGCUGCAAAGAAGUCACUGAGAUUGGUGGUGUCCCUAGAGUCGGUAAAACUCAACUGGGGUAUGUUGUACCUUCUACUGAUUACAAGUUCAGGAGAAGAUCUCCCUACUAAAUACAAACUUUUUUGUCAGAAUUCAACUAGCAAUCAAUGUGUAAAUCCCAGUGGCCCAGUGGAAUAUGGUGGCCUUGGCGGGAAAGCAGUUUAUAUUGAUAUGGAGGGCAGUUUCAUGGUUGAGCGUGUCUACCAAAUUGCUGAAGGGUGUAUCAGCAACAUGCUGGAGCACUUUCUGCACAGCCAUGAUAAGUCUUCCUCUGGCCAAAGAAAACUGCAGCCUGAGCAUUUCCUCGCAGACAUCUUUUACUUCCGAAUUUGCAGCUAUACCAAACAAAUUGCAGUUAUAAACUACCUGGAGAAGUUCUUCGGAGAGCAUAAAGAUGUACGUAUAGUUAUUAUUGAUAGUGUCACUUUCCACUUUCGACAAGAUUUUGAUGAUCUGGCUCUGAGGACCAGAGUGCUCAGUGGAUUAUCAUUGAAAUUGAUGAAGAUUGCAAAAGCAUACAACUUAGCGGUUGUCUUGUUGAACCAAGUCACUACUAAAUUUACAGAAGGGUCGUUUCAGUUGACUCUUGCUCUAGGUGACAGUUGGUCCCACCCGUGCACAAAUCGACUGAUUCUGUAAUGGAAUGGAAACGAGCGAUAUGCAUACCCCUUCACUUCCGGUUGCUUCAGCACCGUACACAGUGACAGGCAAAUGGGUGCGGGAUGCUGGGAGUUCAAAUUGCAAGCGAGUCCGAGUGAUGUAGCGAUCUUUGGCGUCGAACUCGUGUAUCUCCACUAUGCUCUUGCGUGUAAACUGUGUUCAUUCGUCAUAGAUCUUUUGGACACGUUAGGUGAUUGACAGUAGAUUGGUAGAGAAUCAUACCAUUUUGUGGUGUCUAGAUUGCUUUAUGCCAUAACUAAUACGUACGUUCUAUAGUCCCUUCUGUCUGAACAUGUGACACAUACAGUCAGUAAGCCUAUAACUACCAGCACAUAUAUUAUGUGUCUAGAUUAAAAAUCUAGGUACUGUUAUACUAUUUUUAGUUACAAUCUAAAAAAUAGUAGAGUUAUAAUUCGUGAAACAAUGAGUUACAACCAUAUAUAAAUAAAUAAAAAUUUGAGUUACAA